AACAUCCUCAGCAAAAACAGAUGGACUUAGUGAACCACUGACAAGAAACAGGGAAAGAACUCACUGAAGUCUGUAAUGCCAUCCAGAAAUCAACUACUCAUCCCAAAACAACCCCCUUCAAACCCAAUAGCAAAACCACCACCUCCUGCCUUUUCUUGCCUUUUGUCCAACUCUGAUAAGAAAACGUUCUUUUCUUCAAUCUCAGCUCUUCGGAUUAUCCCCGCUCCGGAUGCACGCGAAUGGAAAAACUCAGACGCAUCCGGAUAAACUCAAUCAAAAUACGCAUAAUAGUGCAGCUAACCACGUAUCCAAGCAAACGGAAUUAAAAGCCCCGAACUAAUUCCGUACUUGACUUGGGUGAACCGUAAUUUUGUUCGUAACGCA